ACUCUCUUCCCCAGUCCCCUUGUCUUUCCUCUUCCGCAAGCUCCCCUUCACUUCGCAUUAUUUAUUUAUUGUUAUUUUUUUGUUUUCUCUCAAGCUAUCGUCACUAACAACUACACAUCAAACUCUAACCCUAAAAUGCCACCUUCCUGUUUCUCUAUGUGCAUGGUCAUAAAAUAAAAUUGGGCAUUGAAUUUGAGGAUUCAUAUUUCAGUUGAAAAGGGGCAAUUGUGCAAAUCAAUAUUUAUACUUUGAGGAAGAAGAGUGUUUUUGCAAAGCUGAUUCAAGGACAUGCCUAUGUUGAAAAAGCCAUCUCAGAAUCUUUUCUGUGCCACCUUCCCUGUUCCUAAGAGCUGCUUCACUGUUACUAAGAACAGUGAAGCAUCUGGGUGGAGAUUCAGCUUUCCUAAAUCUUCCACAAGUCCAAAGGAAGAUGGGAGUUACCAGCAAGAUCAAGAUGGAGUUUGGCAUGCGAAUGGCUAGGCAUGUGAUUCUCAAGGAAAUCAUCAAUGGGUGCAAAAAAAAUUUAGUAUUGUCCCCAUUAUCACUUCAAUUUAUGUUGAAUUUGGUGGCUUCAGGUUCCACAGGACGUUCUUUGGAACAGUUGCUAAGCUUUCUUGAAUCUGAAAGCAUAAGCGAUCUCAAUAAGCAAUCUUCACAAAUAUUGGCUAUUACAACAAGUGAAAGAUCCCCCAUGAGCAGCCAUCAAGAAUCGAUGUCUGGCCACCAAAGGCCCUUCUCUUCUUAUUCAUUGAGUGGAAUUGCAGGACCCUCCAUCAGUGACCAUCAAGCACCAAUCAUAGGUUUUGUUAAUCGGCUUUGGGUUGAUCAUCGUUUCCCUCUUAAAGAGUCUUUCAAAGAGAUUGCUAAAGAUGUUUACAAUGUGGAAGUUAGAACUGUUGACUUCGUUACCCAGGUUAAGCAAAUGAAAAACGAAGCAAACUUGUGGGCUAAAAGAGCAACCAAAGGUCUUAUAAAGAAGUUUCUUCCACCUUGUUGCUUUGACAAAUAUUCGAUGCUUGUACUAGCCAAUGCUCUAUACUUCAAAGGAACUUGGGGUCCUACUUUUGAAACUUCAAGAACUUGUCAUGAAGCCUUUCAUCUCCUCGGCGGAGCAACCAUUAAAGUUCCUUUCAUGACUGGUGGCUCUGGUUCUGGUAUAAGGCUAUUUUAUGGAUCCUUUGAGGGUUUCAAGCUUCUCAAAUUGCCAUAUAAAAAUGACCAGGACGAUAAGCAAUUCUGUAUGUACAUCUUUCUUCCUGAUAAGAAAAAUGGAUUGCAAAAAUUAAUAGAAAAUAUCAACUCUGAUCCAAGAUUGUUAAGUGGCCAAUUAGAACUUGAGAAAGUAGAGCUUUGUAAGAUGUGGAUUCCGAAGAUGAAAUUUUCGUAUCAUAUUGAAGUUUCAAGUGUCAUGAAAGAACUAGGAUUAACUUUGCCAUUCAAGGAGACUGGUCGGGAGUUGGCUGAGAUGGUGGAUUAUGCUGACAGCCGCAAAGUUCGUGUCUCCAAAUUGAUUCACAAAUCUCGUAUACAAGUAAAUAAGAAAGGAAAGGAGGCUGCAGCUUGCAAUGAUCUCCUUUCCGAAGUAACUUCUGGACCCGAUGUUCAUCUCGGCCCCCCUCCAAGUUUUGUUGCAGAUCAUCCUUUCAUAUUCAUGAUCAAGGAAGAAGGAUCUGGAGUUGUAUUUUUCGUUGGAGCGGUACUGAAUCCUCUUUUAGAGGCUUGAUUAAACAUUUAGUUUGAUAUGACAGUGGUACGUAGCAUUUGAUUUUGGUUCAUAUUACGUAAUUAGGAGUUUAUAUUAAUGCAGUUUAAGGUUGUAUCUUGCUGCAUUGCACUUCCCAGUUUCUUAACUCUCCUUUUAUUUUUUUUUUAA